ACCCGGGCUCGGCUCACGUGACCGCCAGCCGGCUGCUGCUCUGCGCUGAGGAGACGCGGAGACACUGAGCCCGUUGCAGGAUGUCUGUGGCUCCUACCAGCUCUUGCUUUGUAGCUCUUCCAUCAGCCACUGAGGAUGCACAUACAAUAUUUGGAAAAAAUUCAGCAAGGCCUAGCAAUGAAGUUCAAGAAGUUAUUUAUAUUCCACCUAAUUCCCAUGAACCAGGAUCUAAGGUUCAGUGCACCUACAUUACUAUUGAUCAAGAAGAGAGGACACAUGCAGUAAUACUGAGCAAAUCAUCAUGGAUGUGGGGAGCAGAAAUGGGAGCGAAUGAGCAUGGAGUCUGCAUUGGUAAUGGAACCGUGGUGACCAGAGAGCCAGCAGCAGAGGUGGAGGCCCUACUUGGGAUGGAUCUUGUCAGACUUGGCUUAGAGAGAGGGACCACGGCAAAAGAGACCGUAGAUGUCAUAGUGUCCCUUCUAGGAGAGUAUGGACAAGGUGGAAACUAUUUUAAAGAUGGGGAGAUGGUUCAUCUAUUCCACAGUACUUUUCUGAUUGUGGACAGAACAGAAGUCUGGGUCUUGGAAACGGUUGGCAAAUAUUGGGCUGCUGAGAAAAUCACAGAGGGCAUGAGGAGCAUUUGUAACCAAUUAUCUAUAACAACCAACAUUGAUGCAGAGCAUCCGGACCUUAGAGGUUAUGCCCAAAGUAAAGGCUGGUGGAACGGAGAGGACAAAUUCAACUUUAGUGCAGUGUUUUCACCACCAGAUGAAACUUUGGAUCAUCAUUGUCAUGGGAAAGACAUUCUGUGUGAACAAUCGGGAAACAUCACCUUACAAACAAUGAUUGAUGUGCUACGUGCCAAGGACAGCAUGGAUCAGGAUUCCUUCCUCAUCACAGGAAGCAUGGUGUCUGUCAUUCCUCAAAGCAGCAACAAACCUUGUAUUCAUUUCUUCACUGCCACUCCUGACCCUGCAAGGUCCAUCUUUAAACCCUUCAUCUUUGUAGACAACGUCAAGCCAGUCCUUAAGACACAGUGUCCGAAUUUUGGUGAUGAAGAUCCAGCAAAGCAGCAGCCAUGUUUCCAGAGCAGACUGGAUGGUAGGCACGAGCUGUAUCAGGCACACGAGUGUGCUAGAUCAGUCAUGGAAAAUGAGGGGUCAGGACAAAAGCUUUGGCAAGCCAUAUUGGGUCUGGAAAUACAAGGUCUCAAGGCCAUGCAAGAUAUCUUGAAAAAUGAUGUGCCUAUCAACCCAUUGGAAAUAGCAGACCUCUUCUAUGAUUGUGUGGACGCCGAAAUCAAAUUCUACAAAUAAUCUGGUAGCAGAUGUCCAAGGAUUUGGAUGCGCAUCCCCUGAAAGAAAAUGAGAGUUAAUUCACCAAGAAACCUCAACAAAUUGGCUCUUCAACUCCAACAACAAAAUAAUGAAACUUACUCUUUCUUAUUGGUCUCUGUUUCCAAGCGCUUUAACUACUUACCGAGGUUCCAGCUUCAUACAUUCAUUUGUGUUUUGUCUAUUUUUUAUGUCUAGUGGUAGGAAAACAGCUAGUGGUUGAUUAUUAAGUGUAUGAAUGCAGAUUGAUUAAAAACCAGGAUGUUUUAAAUGCUUUGUUUGCAAUGGUAGCAAUUACAUGCUUCAAAAGAUGCAUUGCGUAAAUAAUAACUGGAUGACAGGCUAAAUAGAAUCAUGGCAUAUCAUGCACAGAACCAUGUACAUUAUCACUGCCCUUGGUCACCUUCCAUACUGCAAUAUAUGCUGUGGAAUAUAUUAUUGACAAUGAAUGAAGACAUUGUUGUUGAAUCGGAUGUCCCUCCAUAAAUGCAUGCUGCUACAGCAUUGAGGCUCAAAUGUUUCUUUAAAAUGAACAACAUUUCCAGAAUCUUGGUGGAAAGAAGAUUGUAGUGUAACACAUCUUUCCAUCAAGGAUAGUGGAGAAGAGAACUAGUUAAAGGCAGCCCAGGGGUAUGGAGUUUGCUUUUCUAAAUUGUUUCAGCAUUGCUUCUUUAAUUUAUAUCAUUGAUGCAUUUAACAUUUUUGAAAAUCACUUUCAAGAGAUCAGAAAGCACAAUAAUUCCAGAUGCUGGCAAAAUAAAAGCAGAACAGUCUGCAAGUGAUUCUAUAAAAGGUUAUCAACAUGAAACAUAAGUUCUAUUUCUCUCUCCACAGAUUCUUUCUGACCUGAGUAAACUCCAGCAUUUUCUAUUGUAAUUUCAAUUUCAAAUAUUCCUUUUCCUUUGCUGCACUUUGGUACAUUGUUUGCUGUGUUUCCCCGACUUGGAACAUGUUCUCCAUAAAAUAAAGGAGAUCUUAGAAAAAGGCA